AUGUCUCGCCUCCGCCUCGCCUUCGUCGUGUUGUUGGCCCUCCUGGCCAUGGUCGCCACCGUCGUGGCCUUCAGCGGCCGGGGCACCUGGUUCAACGUGGGCCUCGGCGCCUGCGGCCAGUACAAUAACAACAACCAGCUCGUCGCCGCCCUGAACUCGGCCCAGUACAGCAAUGGCGCCUACUGCGGCAAGCAGGCGAUCGUCAAUGGACCCAACGGUCAAGUUCAGGUCACUAUUGUGGACGAAUGCCCAGGCUGCGGCUACGGCUCUCUCGAUCUGAGCCCGGCCGCCUUCUCCCGCCUGGCCAACCUCAACGCGGGCGACAUUCCCAUCUCCUGGAACUGGGCCUGA